AGUUUCCUCCCACCAUGUUCUUCGGAGGGAUUUGUGCCCUCCUAGGUUUUGUUUUUCAAGGUUACUAGCAGACCAGAGCAUCAUGUUGUGUAUCUUGAAGCCAAGAAGCCAUCCAUCAACAUCCUAAUGUGGAAAUCUAAAUAGGCCUGUGGCCAUGAGACCAGGACCAGCCUCUCUACAGGCGGUUCUUCAGAUAGCCAGGCUUCCCUCCAGGUGGUCCUGCAGACAACCCACUUCUCUCUGUCUCUGUAGCACCAUUGCUUCUAGCCCUCUUGCUGUCUUUGCCUUGAGGCUAUCAGGGCUAUGGCAGAGAGAGUGCUGGUGCCUGCCCAGAUAGGCCGGGGGGACCGCUACUACACGUACACGGAGCUGUUGGCUAUUUCACAACGUUUCAAGCAGAAUCCCAAUGAGCUCAUGGUCACCUGGAUCCUGCGGGUAUAUGACCAGGGAGGCUCUGCCCUGUCCCUAAAUUCUGGAGAGCUGGGUCUGCUGGGUGACCUCACCCAUGAUGCCAUCUUUAACUACCGUUGCAAGGCCCUGCAAGUGGCUGGCUGCCAGACACUGCUAAGCUGGCUGUUGCAGGCCUGGCGCCAGCGCUGGGAGUCCUCCCUGCAUUUUGAGGCCACUGAGCUGCCCUUCAGGCCUUGGACCACCAUGGAGGAAGGAAUCCAGCUGGUGCGUGAACUGGGCAUGAUUGAGUGGAUCUACCUUGACCCAGAGGGGCCUGUGGACCUGGAGGAUGUGGCCUUUACUCAGGGCCUGCAGCGACGCCUGUUCACAGCAGCACCCUCUGAGUUGCGGCUCUCGUUGGUCAGCCUGCUGGUGCGUGGCAUGACAGUAUUAGAGGCUGUGAUGGAGAUCCAGACCAUUGCUGAUGUGGGCCUGCUGUGGCGCCAGAGCCAUCCAGGCCGCACCAAGCUCAUGCUGGGGCCUAACCCAACUCGAAAGGACCUCCUAGGCUGGCUGCUCAGCCACGGCGUGCCCUUGGAGCAGGUGGACAGGCAGCCCACCAAGGUGCUUCUGGAACUGUACAUCAAAGAAGCCAAGCGCAGUCGUGGCCACCCCAAUUAUGGGCUGGCUGAGGAGCAGCCUCCACCCCCCCCCCCCCACUCCGACUAG